GGAUGAUGAGCACAGUCACCCGAGUCUUCGACGCUGUGCCAGUGCGCCUCUGCAAGGCUCCAAGCAUAUUGGUACUCCUGCGUAUCGCAGAAACCUGCACUCUUCUAUGCUACUCUGUUGCAUCCAUACAGCGUCUACGAACAUCGUGAGCUGCGCUUGGCUGAAGGGGCCCUGAUUACGCAGCCUACCGUGACACGCUCGAGCACGCUACCGCCUAUCGCACUAUCUGAGUCUCCCAGGCCGUCUACUCUACGUAGUACUACAUACCUCAUCCACGACCCACAACGUACGUCGAAGACUCUCGGCGUGAUGUCGAAGUCAAGGGACUCAUCAACCUACGCGCACGACGCACGCCUCCAACUGAGGAGUCGCUCGCGUGCGUCCCGCCGCGGCGUGUCGGCCGCUUCCCACCCGUUCCCGCCUGCGCCGGAGGUUGAGGCCGAGGUGCUCAUCCAUCCUGAGGACUCAGAAGCGAUACUCCCCCAUGGACAUGAUGCACAAGGGUCUUGCAUUCAAGAGAGCGGCGAGGAGAGCGGAGAAGACUCGGACACGAUCGGUGAGGCAGAGUCCGCGAAGGUCGAGCUGAAGCCGUGGUGGAGGAUACCGUCCGCUUGGUGGAUCCUGUUCGUCACCCCCAUCCUCACCAUCGCGCGCGCCUCGACCCAAGCCCCCCGCGUCGAGAUCUACAUCCAGCUCGCCUGCGAUGCGUACAAGCCCGACACAUCCGCCGGACGUUCUCUACCCACGAUGCUGUCACUGGCGGGAGGCUCUGACAGGUGGAAGUUCUGCUCGUCCGACCCGGACGUGCAGGCUGCCGUCGCACAAUUAGCGACUGCGAUGAGCAUCGCCAUGGGUGUGCUCGGGUGUCUGACGACUGCUUGGUGGGGUUCCAUGUCCGACCGCCGCGGCCGCACGCGGAUCAUCGCCAUCGCCAUGACCGGCCAGAUGAUCGACGCGCUCGGGAUCCUCGUCGUCUGCACAUUCUCGAAGUUCAUCCCGGGCGGGUACUGGGCCCUCCUCGUCGCGCCGACCAUAGCGGGCAUGCUCGGCGGCGUCAACACUGUCGGCUCCACGCUGAACGCGUACAUCGCGGACUGCACGGAUCUCAGCACGAGGUCCCGCUACUUCUCCCUCGUCGUCGGUCUUGUGUUCGUUGGGUACAGCAUCGGGCCUACCCUCGGGUCGCUCAUCAUCACCUGGACGGGGUCGACCCUCUCCGUCUUCUACUUCUCCACGUUCAUACACACGCUGUACGUUCUCGCCGCGCUGUUCGUCAUCCCAGAGUCACUGUCGGCGACGCAGAUGGAUGAGUUCCGCCGGGCGCACCACGAAGAGAAUAAGAGGUUGAGAGAGAAGAGAGCUGAAGGAGGCGUUGGAGCGUGGGCCGGGAGCGCAUUCGGGUUCUUGAGGCCGCUCGCCUUGUUGCUGCCUGUGACGCCGGUGGCCACGCCUGAAGGAAAAAAGCGGAGAAACUGGAGUCUCCUCUUGCUCGCGGCUGGGUAUGGGAGUAUGAUUUCGCUCAAGGGAGAUAUAACUUAUGAGUAUCAAUAUAUGUCACUGACAUUCGGUUGGACGUCGAAGCAGCUUGGCUACUACACCAGUGCCCUCGGGACCACACGCGCCAUCUACCUCAUGGCCCUGCUUCCAUUCAUCAUGGCGCUCCUCCAACGGCUCUCCUCCGGACGGCAACAACCCACCGCGACCAUCGACCUCGCCGUCGCACGGGGCUCGCUCGUCGUCGAGGCCAUCGCCUACGUCUUCAUGGCGCUCGCGCCGACCGGCUACCUCUUCACCGUGUACGCCAUCGUCAGCACGCUCGGCAUCGGCUUCACGCCCGCGAUCAACACCGUCGCGUCUGCGGUGUACUCGCAGCAGGGCGGGAAGGAGCUCGGGAAGCUGUUUGGCGCGCUGGGUGUCGUGCAGACUGUGUCUUCGCAGGUGUUGGGCCCGUUCAUCUUUGGCGUGACGUACAUGCGCACGGUCGCGACAGCGCCGAAGGCAAUCUUCGUUGUGACGAUCGCGGCGCUGGUCCUGUCGUUCAUCACACUUGCGCCUAUACGGCUGGAACAUCAUCCCCAGGACACCUCGGGCGGCGAUGUGGAGGGUCAGAUGUCGGAGGGCGAGCUUGUACGGGACGCGUCAGUUGAUGAACGUGCACCGCUCAUAGCACCGGAGGGGUCGGAACGUGGUAGAAAGACCGCGAAGACAUCGUAUACCCAGGCAUGAGGGGUCCAAGUUUGUAUUAGGGGGCAUGCGUGGCUGCGAUGUAUGCUAGAUCAUUGUACGAUUAUAUGGCAUUGUAGUAUCUCAACCUCACCCAUAUUCGAGCUUUCAUGGACCAGGGUCGUAAGACAGACUGAAUACCCUCAACGCGUGUAGCAUCGCAUUAUCCCUG